GAAGAAGUUCUUGCUUCAACAGUGAUUGAACGGAACUCCUCUGCCUUCGUCCCGUUAUUAUAGAACAUUCCGGCUUGAUAACGUAACACUUGUUUUAACUGUAAUAGAAAAAUAGUCGACGGAACUUUAUUUUUGUACAUUUCAUUUUGAUAUAAAAGAAAAUCUGCCACGAUGGAGUCUCAGAUCCGCCAGAACUAUCACCACGAUUGCGAAGCUGCCAUCAACCGGAUGAUCAACAUGGAGAUGUUUGCCUCCUACACCUACACUUCAAUGGCUUUUUAUUUCUACCGUGACGAUGUGGCUCUGCCUGGCUUCGCGCAUUUCUUCAAGGAGAACAGCGACGAGGAGCGGGAGCACGCCGACAAGCUACUCUCCUUCCAGAACAAGAGAGGUGGACGCAUUUUACUCCAGGACAUCAAGAAGCCAGAACGUGAUGAGUGGGGCAAUGGGCUGGAGGCCAUGCAGUGUGCUCUGCAGCUGGAGAAGAAUGUGAACCAGGCCCUGCUGGACCUGCACAAGAUUGCCUCUGACAAGGUUGACCCCCAUCUGUGUGACUUCCUGGAGACCCAUUACCUGAAUGAGCAGGUGGAGGCCAUUAAGAAGCUGGGUGACCACAUCACCAACCUCACCAAGAUGGAUGCUGUCAAAAACAAGAUGGCAGAGUACCUGUUUGACAAGCACACCCUGGGAGGCCAGAGCUAAACCACUUCCAUCCCCAGGCUACGGCAUCCAGCCUCAAACCAGGACUCCUGGCUUCUCUGAUAGAUCCUACUGGCUUUGCAUUUUAUAGGGAGGGUGGAGUGUUAAACUGGUGCAGUGCAACACAGCUUUAACAUUGAAGUAUUUUUGUUGACAACACUACUGUAUUUUGGAUGCAAGGCAUCUUGUAAAACAAUAGAAAAGAAAAACAAGUGAUUAUUUUUUUUAAGUGUUGACCUGUAGUAAUGGAUGUUAGUCUAUUCAGGUUCUUUGAUCCGUGUUACUGAGUAUCUCAAUUUCCUAGUGAUAAAUACUGAUAAUUGUAGACCUACUAGUGACUGAGGGUCAUAACAAUAAGAGAAGUUUAACAUGAGGUUUUAAAGGACAUUACGUCUGACAAGUGUCCUUUACUGUAUCUUGUAAUAGUGCCAUGUCAAUUAAGGGCCUAACUGUCAACUCUAGGUCCAUAGGAGUAAAAUGGGUAACUACAGUUGUAGACCUUUACUCUGCACGUCACAAGUUUAUAAGAUGGCCUACAGGUCAAUCAUAGUCUUGCUCGGUAAGUGAGUUAGCCAGUUAUGGUGUCUUUCUCUAGUGUUGGGAAGUUUGGCUCUUACUGACUCAAAAUCAAUCUUUACUCAUUUUGUUUAUGAGUUGGUAAUGCGUAAUAGUUCCCCUACAGCAAACUAUUACUCAAAAUAGUAAAUCUACAAGCCUGUCGUUCAUAAGGGGCUUAUUGGAGCUGUCAUGGUUGCAAAGCUACUUGUAAUUAACCAAAAUUAGUGAACUUUGAUUUUGGUAAUUAACAGGCAAGCGUAACUUAUACUUUAUCUGAAAAAAAUAUUGCUACACAUUUUUAGUGUCCAUGAAGUACAUGAGUUUCUAGUGGAUAGACCAUUUGGUUGAAGGGGAAAAUGGCCUAAUGAGGAAAUCAGCAAAUCAACAAUGGCAUUUUCCAUAACUCUGCAACUCAACUUUCUUCACACGAAUGCCACCAACAUUUACAACCAAGAAGUAUGACAUGGUAAAGUAAUUGAUUACAUUUAAAUUAAAUAUGGUAAUGGUGUUCACUGUGUUGGUUUAUAUUUAGGGUAAUGUUUUGCAGCUUUGUCAUUCUAUUACAAAAUAUAUUUUACCUGUGAUAAGGCCACACAGAGGGCCAGAGAUUUGUGAUAACCUGACAUUCACAAAAAGGCCACUAGAUGGCAUCUGAUUAAAUUGUAUAUUCCUUAA